AAAGAGCUAUUUAUUGAGGAGAUUUGACGAUGAACUGUGACUGGGGAGAUUCGCAGGGAUUAUUUGCCGAGGAGGAGGGAAAUUGUAUUUCUACUCAGGGACAGAGGAGUCCCUCGGAAUAUUCUGUUUUCUCCCAAUUGAAAAUACGUGACGAGGGAGAUCAGCACUUCUGGGCUGAGGAUGAGUUGAGCUCCAUAGAAUCCAAUACCAAAUUAAAAAAACGGAAAAGAAGACACUCUCUUUCGUAUCGAAAUCAAAAGUUCAGUAGUCGAUCGCGAAUCCCUCAAUCCUCCAGCUCCAGUGGCAAAUUGUCAUCGACGAGGAGUGGACGACGGAGGAGAAAGCGGCGAACAGGAAACCCUGGGGACAUCCCUACGAAUUCCAAAUCCUCAAGAUCCAGUAUUCCUGUUCGAGCGAAAAUCGCUAUGACCUAUCCUCUGAAGAAAUUCCGACUCAAGUUCCAACGCAAAUGAUUCGAUGUCGACCAAUGAAUCAUAAUAAUUAAAUCAGUGAAAUGAAUUCAUGAGUUAUUUUUUU